UAAUACACAUCUCAUUUUACAUUGGUGUAUGUUGUAGUAGGAAUGGGUUGUCCUUGGUUGGUUUUCUCAAAUCGUCUCGUUCGAACGACUUUUCACUUAAAAAGAGGACUAUCACAAGCUGUGAAAAGUGAUCAAGCCUCCACAACUACUGAAGCACCUCAUGUCUCUAGUGGGGGUUCUUCUUUACAUCCGCAGGAAAUACCCAAAGAUGCCGUCAAGUUUCCGUUGAAACCCUUUGCUACACAUCUCAUUGAGACCCCAGAACCAGUUGCUUAUGCCACGAAAGAACAAUUAUUAGCAUAUCAUCGUACUAUGACUGUUAUGAGGAGAAGUGAGAUCAGUGCUGAUUUGUUAUAUAAAGCACAGUUGGUUAGAGGAUUUUGUCACUUGUAUGAUGGACAAGAAGCCACAGCUGUGGGCAUUGAGUCAGCCAUCACUUUUCAAGAUGCACUUAUCACUGCUUAUCGUAAUCAUUGUCAACAACUGGGAAGAGGAGAUACUCCAUUUACCGUGUUAUCCGAGUUGUUGGGAAGAUAUACCGGCUGUUCAAAAGGAAAAGGAGGCUCUAUGCAUUUGUAUAAAGCUGAGAAUAAAUAUUUUGGAGGAAAUGGGAUUGUUGGAGCUCAAGUUCCUUUGGGAACUGGUUUAGCUUUUGCUGAACAAUAUUUCAAAACUGGCAACAUUGCGGUAACUAUGUAUGGAGAUGGUGCUGCUAACCAAGGACAAGUAGCAGAAGCUAUGAAUAUGGCAGCGUUGUGGAAGUUGCCUUGUGUUUACGUAUGUGAGAAUAACAAAUAUGGAAUGGGAACGAGUACGGAUAGAGCUUCUGCCAAUACUAACUUUUAUACUCGUGGAGAUGUCAUUCCUGGAAUUCGGGUGGAUGGAAUGGACGUUUUGUCUGUUCGAGAAGGAAUGAAAUUGGCUGCUGAAUAUGCACGUUCUGGAAAGGGACCGAUUGUAUUGGAAAGUGUUACUUAUCGCUAUCAUGGCCAUUCCAUGUCGGAUCCUGGAUUAUCAUAUCGUUCAAGAGAAGAAAUUACGGAGAUGAGAAAGCGUGCAGAUCCCAUAGAGUUGGUCAAAUCUAGAAUACUUGAACAAGGUUGGUCAACAGAGAAGGAGUUGAAGGCUAUUGAAAAAGAAAUCCGUCAACAAGUGGAUGAAAUGACUGAGAAAGCUAAACAAGCAUCAUUACCUCCACUGGAAGAACUUUAUCGUGAUAUUUAUGUGGAAGGUAUUCAACAUGUUCGUGGUACUUUGGUGAAUAAUGGACUUGGCAAUUACUUGGCAUAAAUUCCAGAGUUUGUUGUUAUGUAAAAUCAUUGUACUAGUUGACUACCAUAACCAAUGACAAGAU